GAGAGCUGCUUGGUUGAAAAGCCGUAAGUGCUUUGGAAGAGGGGAUCUCGGGCUGCCUUGUUCGUGUCCAUCACUUUUUUCCCUCUCUCUCUUUCUGUCUCUCUCUGUCUAUAUUCCACCUGGACUCUGCUAUCUAUAUAUGGGGUAUUGAUUUUGCCCAGGCUGGGGUGUCACAAUGGCUGUUGCGUUGGAUGCCGUGUGGGUGCGAGUGAAGGACGUGUGUAAAAGGAACGGGCUGCUGAUUCUGUCGGUCCUCUCCGUCAUCAUCGGAUGUCUGCUGGGGUUCUUCCUCCGUACACGGCACCUCUCUGAGCAGGAGGUGAAAUAUUUCCAAUUUCCAGGAGAGCUCCUGAUGAGAAUGUUGAAAAUGCUUAUUCUUCCACUUGUUGUUUCCAGUUUGAUGUCAGGAUUGGCAGCGCUGGACGCCAAGGCCUCCAGCAGACUGGGCAUCAUCACUAUUUCCUAUUACCUGUGGACCACUUUCGUGGCCGUUGUGGUGGGCAUCAUUAUGGUGUCCAUCAUCCACCCGGGGGGCGCAGCGCAGAAGGAGAGCACAGAGGACAGUGGCAAGCCCAUCAUGAGCUCCGCCGACGCCCUGCUCGACCUGAUCCGCAACAUGUUUCCAUCAAACCUGAUUGAAGCGACUUUCAAACAGUACCAAACCAAGAUCACGCAAAUCAUGAAGUCGCCCAAGUCAGCCGCCAUGACUGAAAGCACCACCCGCAGGAUUCUCAUCUAUGGGAUCCAGGACGACAAUGGCACAGACAUCCAGAACUUCUCCCUGGAUCUUACACCCCCUCCCGAUGUCAUUGUCCGCUCACUGCCCGGCAGCAACGAAGGCAUGAACGUCCUGGGGAUUGUCAUCUUCUCGGCCACCAUGGGAUUAAUGCUGGGGAGAAUGGGACCAAAUGGGAGCCCUCUCGUCAACUUCUGCCAAAGUCUGAAUGAAGCUGUCCUCAAAAUUGUAGCCAUAGUUAUCUGGUACUUUCCCUUCGGCAUCGUCUUCCUGAUUGCUGGAAAGAUCCUGGAGAUGGAUGACCCUUCAGCCAUUGGUAAAAAACUGGGCUUCUAUGCCAUCACAGUGGUGCUGGGGUUGGUGCUACAUGGCCUCUUCAUCCUCCCCUGCAUGUACUUCUUCAUCACCAAGAAGAACCCCAUUGUCUAUAUCCGGGGAAUCCUGCAAGCACUUCUAAUCGCCCUGGCCACCUCCUCCAGCUCUGCCACGCUGCCUAUCACCUUCAAGUGCCUCCUGGAGAACAACCACAUCGACAGGCGCAUCAUUCGCUUCGUGCUGCCUGUGGGCGCCACUAUCAACAUGGAUGGCACUGCGCUGUACGAGGCGGUGGCUGCUAUCUUCAUCGCCCAGGUCAACAACUACGAGCUGGACUUCGGCCAGAUCAUCACCAUCAGCAUAACCGCCACAGCAGCCAGCAUUGGAGCGGCAGGGAUCCCUCAGGCUGGACUGGUUACCAUGGUGAUUGUGCUAACAUCUGUGGGAUUGCCUACUGAUGACAUUUCCCUCAUCAUCGCUGUGGAUUGGGCACUGGACAGAUUCAGAACCAUGAUCAAUGUGAUGGGCGACGCCCUGGCUACAGGCAUCAUGGCCCAUAUCUGCCGGAAAGACUUCAACAAGGAAGGGGAUGAGGUGCCCCUGAUCUGCGAGACAAAGCCCAUGAUCAGCAUCCAGCAGCUGAUGGCCUACCAGAAGAACGGGUGCUUCCAGCCCCCCCUGGGCGGCAAGCUGGAGCACGUGCCCCCCGACGUGGCCCGCCUCAUGCAGCUGGAAGAGGGUGUGCGGCCGGAGAAGAAGAAAGUGCAGCAGCUGCCGCCGAAACGCGCCGAGAAGGACCACUGCGCCAUUGACAUGAAUGGACUGGAGACCAACGUAUAGGUGCUGCCAAGGCAGAGACUACAAUUCACGAGCAACACCCAUGGGAGAAUUCUGUCGUGUGCUUUUUUUUCACUCCAGUUUCUCUCAAUUUUGUAUUAAUUUUUUUUUGCUUUUUGUACAAGCGCACUGCAUUGUCACAUGCUUGCAUGAGGCUGGGUGUCUGUGUGUGUGUGUUGGGUGAGAGUAUUUCUUGGGAAGGCAAGAGACAAAUUUCAGAACAAGAGGAGGUCACUUGGCCUUUCUAGUUGGUUUUCUUUCGCUAGAAGCAAAUCGCAGCAUCUGCUCCUGUUGGCCACAGAGAUGAGAGAACCAGAGCGACUGUCUGCUUGGGAAAGAGAGCUCAGCUAGAACUGUUACUGUCACCAGCUGGUGGAGAAGAAGAGUUAUGAACAAGAAGUUCAAGACAUUCAGUUCUCAGAGUUCUCUUCACUCAGGUCAAAGGCAUACUUAACGGAAGGCAAUGGCAGGAGGUACUACAGAAGCAUCAUUGUCUUCUGGUUCUCCAAAUCCAUUGUGCAGCUACAGUACUGGUCAGAGUCACAUGCAAUCAGAAUUCACUGUAUUCUGCUUCCUCUUGGCCGAUGUUGUCUACGAUGUCUCAGGGUCUUCAUAACAAAUGCUCUUUUAUUGCUGUUGUGGGUGAUGUGGUCUUGUUAUGUGCGCAGGUGUGAGAGUACCAUCAGUGUGUGUGUGGAUGUGGAUGACCAAGCUGGUUUACAUUACCAUUCCUGAGUGCACUGUCCCUGUUUGAACACCCCUGUUUUGAGCCAACCUGGACUACAUACAAACAGAAAGUGCAGACUAUUUUGUUCUCCUUGAUGCUACUGCAUUUCCUGCCCUUUUGGUUUUUGUUUUAUAAGUUUUCUUAUUUAGCUUUUUUGCUCCCACUGGAAACAAGAACCCUGGAACAAAGCACACAUCUGCAGAUGCCAGAACCUAAUGUCAGGGAGUGUGCCCCAGAAAUUUUUGAACACCCACACUGCCUGCAAGCUCCUUCAAUGUAUAGAUCUCAUCUUUCUCUGUCAUUGUCUGUCUUUUUUUGCAAGACUUUUUUAUUACUUUAUACCCCAGUGUCUGACAGAUUUUGCAGUUUAAGCUUCAGGAAUUCUUUCAAAUGAUUUCCUGCACAAGCUCAGAAAAGAGGAAUGCCCAAACACCAACAUAUGGGAUAAACAGUAUAGAUUUUGAAUACAGUGUUAUCAUAUUUAUGGGAUGUCGUGUUUUUUUGCACUGGAUCUACAAUGCAUGGAGGAAUACCACUUGUCUCACCUACACAGACUGGGUAAGAGGUGACCACUAGCACAUCAGAGGAUACUGUUGGACAGAGAUAAAACAGACUCUGCCUUGGGUCCAUAAUUCCCCGAAGAUGGCUAGUCUUUGGUCUUCGCUAUUGUCCCAAAAGGUAGUGUAUUCCCUUCAGUUAUUCUAUUUUCCAACACAUGCUGCAGUGUUGAUAGCCCAAUUUUAUUUUUUUCCUUUAUUAUUAGUGUAUUGUUUUAUUAUCACUGUUCAUGAACUUACAGAAUCUGCUGUGCUUGGUGUGACAGAGAUCUCACACUUUUCAGUACUCGAGCUGGAUGAUUAUUAUAAGGUGGACUAACCACCUACUGCAGUUCACCUACAAAAUAAAUAUUCAGUUCAGUAAUGCCUUGGAUUAAAGCUCUUGUAGAAAUGUGACAAUUCUACAAUUCAAAUAGAAUUUUUUCUGCCUUGUUUGAAGACAAGUCAAUUAACUUUUUUGUCAUAAACUACAUAAUAUUUUAAAAACUUGUGUAACAAUUCCAGCGACUACAUUCUGCCAUCACUUGCAUUUAAAAUUAGCCAACUGAAUAAAAUCAAAAUGUCCCUCUUUAAAUAUCUAUAUUAUACAAAGAAAUUCAAGUCAGCUAGUUUUGGUUACUUUGCUCUUCUGCAGUGCUAAGUUUAAGAUGCACCUAAAAAGCUGGUACAAAUUAUACUAUGAAUGUGAGAAAAAAAGAAAACCUCAUGAUACUUCUUUACAAUAGCAGAUCUUACAGCACAAUCCUUGAUUACUUUCAUUGAUGGUUUAGCAUUGUUAUUUCAGAGACAUUCUCCCUGACAUUUAAUCAAUGUUGUAUUUAACGUCAGCUAUACUUUUGUAAAAUCACUUUAUUAACCCUUUACAAUUUCUUGCAUGAGGAGUUUGUCUUUUCACAUACCCCAGCU